GACGUUAUAGCAACGAGCUACAAACGGUAUCUGAAUUUCAACAAACGGGAACCGAAUUGUUUUCAAAUAGCUAGCUAUGUUAUCAAUUGUUUGUUUUGCUAAUAUCUGUUUCAUUUUGAUAAAAUUUGUCGUUCGUUAAGACCUCAAUUAAAAACUCUAAACGAUAAUUGAUGGUCAUUGCUCUCCGUUCCUGUUGGAUUUAAUCUGCUUAGCUACUGAAGUCCUGAUCAGGAUUCGCAGUCUGUCAAUGAGGAACUACAGGCUCAUCUUUUGCCAUAGCCUGAAGCAGCCAUAGAUGACCAUUUGAUUCACUGCUAGUGAGUGGUGCUGAAGAUAAGGUGAACUACUGGGUGUUUUAAGUGCUAAACGACCUUCGGAAACAGCUCGGCUGUGGAAGCGAUGAGGAAGAGCCUCUCUCCUUCCCCCAGUGACUCCCUGACACCAGCCAGGGUUUUUGGGGUUCCCCUAGAUGUGGUGCAGCAGAGCGGCCAGCCAGGCCAGGAGGUCCCCCUACUGGUCAGGCACAUCGUAGAGUACAUCGAGGAGCAUGGGUGUCUGGAUUUGGAGGGGCUGUUCCUAGUCAACGGUAACGCGGAGCGGGUGGAGUGGCUACGGCAGCGCUAUGACUCUGGGGAGGAGGUGGACCUGGAGAAGGAGGCUGACCUGGCCUCUGCCGUCAGCCUGCUGCGUCUCUUCCUGCAGGAGCUCCCAGAGCCCAUCAUCCCUGCAGGCAUGCAGUCCCACAUCCUGCAGCUCUACCAAGACUACAGCAGCGAGGAAGAGCUCGCCCGCAACAUGAAGUACUUCCUCCAGCAGCUGCCUCAGGUUAACUACAGCCUGCUGCGCUUCCUGUGCCGCUUCCUGUCCAGCGUAGCCUCGCUCCAGGAGGAAAGCUGGAGCGUCGGCGCCCUCGCCGCGGUAUUCGGACCAGACAUCUUCCAUUUAGACACGGACGUGGAGGAUCUGAAGGAGCAGGAGUCAGUUAGCCGCAUCCUGGCGGAGCUGCUGGAGAAUCAGGAGGAGUUCUUUGACUCGGAGGACGAUGACGUUUCCACCACCGACUACAGCUCCAUCAAUGAACAGAUCACUGAGCUCCUGGAUGAUGAGAAAUUAGAGGCAUGUGAGGAGCUGCCCCAGGACGGCGAGGGCGAGGAAGGCCCCCCUUCCGCCUCUGAAUCCCCCCAACACAGUAACACCCAGGUCACUCCCUCUUCAAGUUCACACAUCUCCCCCAUCAGCGUUCUUCCAGGAUCUGCAGACAUUAUAGAGCGGACCAUCCGCGCCGCGGUGGAACAGCACUUCUUUGACCUCAAGAGCUCCAUCGACCAGGAGAUCAGCAGCUAUGAGAGCCAAGGCGCGGGCCCCAGUGAAAAGCAGGUGACGGGGCCAGGGCCAUUUGAUGGCCAUGGAGAGGAGCGCCCGUGUACGAGUAAGGAGGGCCCCGCAAGCAGUCCCGUGUCAGCCCCAGAGACAGAGAGCCACUCUGAACACAGCCCACAGGCCCAACAGGAGGUCCAGGAUUGUGACUCCCAAGGCGCCACCCUGGAGGAGAGUUCUGGAAUGGACCUGGAUGCCGCAGUGGCUCUUGUAGAUGCAGAGAACAAUAUCAACACUGCCAGGCGAGAAAGCCAAUCCUGUGACAAGAUGGACCAGGCCGAUCUCAUCACCUGUGACUCUGAUGAGUGUGACCAGAACCCCAACACAGAGGCCAGGGGGUACCCCUACCACCCUGCCAGCUCGCACCACCUCCAACUCAGCCGCAUCUUCCCCCACAACCAGUGGGAAGACCCAGUGCCAGCCUACAAGUCAUGGCAGGACGAGAGUGACUCUGGCGAGGCCCAGCUGUCCCCCCUGGCGGGGCGCAUGGUGCCCUUGCCCCACGAGGAGGACGCUCACCCCCUCAUGGCCCGCCGGUUCCUGGACUUUGGCCACAGCCAACGGUUCCUGCAGCACUCCGACCCCGACGCAACCUCGCCCACCAAAGCCCACCACUCCCUGGGGAGGCCUCGCCGUGCCUCCUUCAGUUCCAAAGAGAGCGGUUUGAGGAACGACUCUGUCUCCCACCAGCUCACCAAAAAACUACAGAGCCUCAAGAAGAAGAUCAAACAAUUUGAGGAACAGUUUGAGAACGAGAGGAACUACAAGCCGUCUCAUGGAGAUCGAGCAGCCAACCCAAAGGUCCUCAAGUGGAUGACAGACCUCACCAAAAUCCGCAAACAGUUGAAAGAUGCCAAACACAAAGAGGCUGAGCUGACUCCUCAGACGCGGCCACGAAGCAACACCUUGCCCAAGAGCUUUGGUUCUACCCUGGCAGUCCACGAGGUUGUUGAAGAAGCCAAGGGCCACCGGCCCACCAAAGAGGAGACCCUGGACCUCAUCCAGCGCCGCGUCAAGGGCAAGAGAGAGGAGGACGGCUGGCCAGAGGACAUCAAGAAAAUGACCAAGGAGGAGCUGUCGUGUGAGAAGACGGUCCUACAGAAGAACCUCCUGCACUACGAGGGACUGCACGGCCGACCUGUGACCAGAGAGGAGAGGCUGGUGGUCAAACCGCUGUACGACCGCUACCGACUGGUCAAGCAGAUGCUCACCCGCGUCAGCAUCACCCCCAUCAUCGCUUCCCCCUCCAGCAAAAGACGCAACCAGAUCCUGCAGCCCAUCAUCGAGGGCGAGACGGCCCACUUCUGCGACGAGAUCGAGGAGGAGGAGGAGGGCGAGGAGGAGGUCCAGAGCUCAGGGUCGGAGGUCCAGAGCUCAGGGUCGGAGGUCCAGAGCUCAGGGUCGGAGGUGAUCAUGGCUCUAGACCCAGUGUGCCAGCCCCAGACCAGCUCCCAGAGAGACAGAGACAGCCUGCUCAGGCCCAAGAUGGAGGAGACCUCAGGGAAACUGGCCCUGGACCUGCGCCUGUCCAGCUCCAACGCCUCGUCCAUGCCCGAGCUCCUGGAGCAGCUGUGGAAGACCCGGGCAGAGAAGAAGAAGUUGAGGAAGACUAUCCGCGAGUUUGAAGACGAGUUCUACCAGCAGAACGGCAGGAAUGUCCAGAAGGAGGACAGGCUCCCCAUGAUGGAUGAAUACAAAGAGUAUAAACGGAUCAAGGCCAAACUGCGUCUGCUGGAGGUGCUCAUCAGCAAGCAGGACUCGUCCAAGUCCAUCUAGAGACGGAGCGGCCACCCUGCUUCCCUCCCUUCAUCCCACCGGACACAGAGGGUCAACCGCCUCACCCCAGGCAUACAUGUCACCCCUACAUGGCCCAUACCCCUCCCCAUCCCUAAUCAACCAUCCCCCCUACCUGUACCCCUGAGGGAAGGCAUGGCAGCCACCAUAUCCCGCUGCUGUCUCACCACCACAACCCAUCUGUUUCUACCACCGCCAGCUCAUGUACAGUCAAGGGGUCCUCACUGGGGACUCUGAGGGAGAAGAGUCACAUCUUCAUUCCACCAGUCAAGACUCAACACACCCCUUUUUACUUAUUUCUGUCAGUUUCAUUCGGAGGAGUUCCCCCUUUCCUCAUUAGUUUUGUUUUUGUUGUAGCUUUCUUUCUUUUUUUUCUGAACUUUUCACGUCCGGUAGUUUCUCAUACUGAGAAAUCAUAUUGGAGAGAACAGGAGCUCUGUUUUGUAGCGCAUUUUAGUCACCUGGCCACCUGUUUAGACGUAACAAACUGAACUCUCCCUCCCUUGGAGCGAGGAGACUGGUCAUCCUAUUUCAGACAUUCAGACUCGCAUGGAUUCAGUUGCCGAACUCGGUCUUCAUCCUUCAACACUGGGGCGCUUUUGUGUCGUCUGCGUGAGUUUUUGGGAGAGAGAAAAAGUCAUUACUGUGUAUGUAUUCUUGUAAAUCAAUAUGUACACAUAAAUGUUUCUAUGUUACAGUAUGUUAUUUUUCUUGAAUGAAGAGUAAUUCCUUCUUGGGUUUGAAAAGAAACUUACUGCGUUAGUGUGUUCCAUUCCCUUUGCCACUAUGGAAACUGGAGUGAGUUUUAUCAGCUGGGACUGGUUGUGCUGUUUUUUUUUUUUUUAUAUAUAUUUGGAUCAUCAGUCGUCACUGAAAGGAGUUUUGGCACACACCAGGUGUGCAGGACAGCCAGUUAGGUGUAUCACUUAGUGUUCCUGUACCUUAACUGUCUCCAUUUUCCGGCAAUAAAGCUAGACAGCUUGACUUAUUUUCUAUAUAUAUUUUUGUUUCAUACGCGUUAAAGUUCAGUUGCGGAGUGGAUCUUUGUGGGAGGUGUCCAGAAUGGGGGGGGGGGGGGGG